CUUUCCCGUGAUGCACCGCGCUUGUUGUUAGCGCGUUUGAUUAAUUAAGAACGUUGUGCAGAUAAAUAUACCAACAUGCUGUCGAAAAAUGACCUUGAGUCCACUGUAUUAUGAGCACGAAGUAAAACUGUUAGCAUGCUAAAAAACAGCAACAGCAGUCGGCACGAGAACGUUGUAGCCCGUAACUAAGGCAACGAGGUCUGACGUGCCUCGCCUCGCGGGAGAGUAAUAUUCGUCCAAAAACUAGUGCACCGUUUCCGGUAUUUUCUGUGGGGGUUUCAGUCUACUGUUGGACAUGGAAAAACACACCUUCGGAAAGGAGAGGCUAAUAGCGCCUACUGACUUCACUUCACCAAGGAACAUCCAGGGGGAUCUGGUGCCUCCGUCGCAUUUCGCUUUGACUCUCCAAUCUACUGAAGCGCAGGGGGCCUCAGGAACACCUUCACCAUCACAACCACCUCCUCCACAUACGCCCUGGGUAAAACCAGCGGUAACAAGGACACCGCCAGGGGAUCCCGGCAUUGUCAAUCCGUGGCUCGCCAUCACGCAGACCCAGCAGGAUGUUUUGCAGUUGAAGAAGCAAAAUCAGAGAAUCAUGACUCUACAAGGAGAUAUCAGAAGAGGAAAUGCAUCUGCAGAGGACCUAUUAGACAUCAGAACUAGAUCUUCAGGAAGAAGUGAACGGUGUUCUCGAUGGGACUCGGAGUGGCUACCGGAAGCAGAGAAGCACAAGGCCGAAGCUGAGAGGUUAAAGGGGCAAGUGGAGGCCCUAAAGGAGACAGCAGAGAGGUACAGGGAAGAAAUGAGAGACAAGGACAUCACUUUGAGCAGACAGAGGCACGAGUUGGAAAUGAUGCACGAAGAACUGUCAAAGGCUAAGAUUGAACUCGGCCGAAUCAGCGAGCAGCUCAGUCUCAGCAGUGCGCAGAAGGAGGAAAUGAGCCUACAGCUUGAAAAAUUGCAAAGAGAAUCGGGCGAGGAAAUCACAAAGCUGAGGGGGGAUGUAGAGAGGAGCAAGGAGUUAUCCAGGGACCUGGCUCUUCAGGCUGAAAUGAGCCGGGCUCAGGCUGAAGAGGAGGCCGGGCAGCAGACUCUCAGACUCAUGGAGCAAAUUGACGAACUGAAGAAGAAACAGGAGGCGGAGCUUCAGCAGUUGGAUGCGUCCCAUUGUGCAGAGCUGGGCGCAGCCAGGAAAGCAAACAACGACCUACAGGACCGACUUCAGUCGACGACUGCUGAAGCGCUGCGGCUAAAAAGUGCCCUGACGGAGGUAUCCACGGAGAGAGACGGGCUGAGAGAACGUUUAAGCCAAAUGGGACAAGCCUUUGAGACACAAUCCGCAACACUUCACAGCCUCAGAAAUUACAUCGGCCAACUUGCGCCAGACAAAGGAGAAAAAGAACAAUUAAACGAAGCUGUUGAGAGGCUGAGCAAAGAGAAAGCGGCUCUUCAGACGACCACAGAGCUUCUGACAGUCAGGCUUAACUCUGUGAAUGAGAUCCUCGCCCUCCAGGAAGAGAAAAUAGUAAAGAGUACCUCUGCAGAUCCUCUCAUGAGGGGCGGAUGUGAGGGCCUUCAAGUGCUUCAUCUGUGGAGGGAGAAAGUUUUCAAGCUGUGCGUCCAGCUUCGCACAAAGGACAUCGAGAUAAGAAAAGAGAAGGACAAACUUCUCUCAGAAGUCAGAACCAUGGAGCAGCAGCUCCAGCAGGAGCAGCACAGGGCCAGCGUGCUCCAGCACAGUCUGCAUGAUAGAAUAGCUCAGCUGGAGUUGGAGAGAGUGGAAAACGAGACAUUGAAGCAAAACCUGACCAAGGCUCACAGAGAAAACACAGAGCUGCAGUUACAGAACCAGAAGGUAGAGUCUGACGUGAAAACACUGACUGAGGCUCUGCAGAGAUACAGAGAGGGAUUUGAAAGCAGGUUGGCAGAAGUGGAUGCAGCUAAAACGAGGCUCAACAGUUGUGCACAGAGACUGUCUUUUGCUAAUAGAAGGGUGGAGACGAUCCAAGGUUUGCUCAUGAGGAGGACAGCUCUGAAGAAAUUAGAGCGAGCUUCUAAACAGGCAGAGCCGGAUAAUGACAGCAUCAGCAACUUCAAGACAGAGCACAGUUUGGUUUGUGAAGAGAGAGACAAACUGGUCCAAGAGCUCAAAAGAACCCCAGAGCUCAUCGAGAAAGCUCUGGCUGAUCUAAAAGAACAAUAUGAGAGUAAAGCCAGGCAGCAGCAGCAGGACCUGGAACACAGCUGCGUGGAGGUCAGGCUAGCUGUGGCUGCAAAAGAGCAGGCUGAGCAAAGCUUGCAAGAGAUCCAAGCCCAGCUGGAGGAGAGCAACGGCAGUCUGGAGAGACUCCGCUGUGAACUGCUUCGCCAGCAAGAGCAAAGCGAGCGUGCCCUGCUGGAACGAGUGUCUGAGAUUGAGGGCCGAUGUGCUGAGAAACUGAGAGAGAUGGAGCUCCAAGUCGGUGCUGCCAGGAGAGAACACACUAAAGCAGUUAUGACUUUGCGGGAGUUUCAGAGAGAGGCAGCGAGGAAACCUGACGAGAUGGGAGAAAUCCGACAUUUGGAUGUUGAUGAGACGAAGCACGAAGUAUUUAAUAAACAAGCGAGGGGUUGGAUGGAGCACAGCAGCAACCCAGCUCCUGUCAGGGUUGCAGAAAGAGGGCUGAUAGAGUUCACUCCGGGUCAAACGACAGCUGUACAGAGCUCUGUUCCUGCCAGAAAUCAAGAAAUAACUCCAGGGCCCCAUCUACCUACAGAGAGACUGCUGAGCGUUUUGGAGGAGCUCCAUACACUCAGCGCUGCUGUGGUGAACAGCUCAGAGGACUCUGCAGAGGAAGACGGACAGAGCGACGGUGUGAAACCAUCAGCAGACAGUCUGCACAAGUAAUACCUGAAGAUGAGUCACCGAAGCCAAGAAGAACACACAUUUCAUACCUACAAAAGGUGUGAAACAGUGUCGAUGCCUCCGUGAGCUACUGGAGCAGUUGGACGAGCCAGAAAUCAGAAAAGCUGUGCUUGGGGAUGUAACAGUCGAGGUGUACUGGAUAGACGUGUUCUGCUAAUUCAUUACUCUGUCAAAACAUACUGUUGUUAUAUCUCCUGAAUCACAAGUCUAUGUAUUUGAACUCCAGAAGUUGCAUUUUCAAAUAAAACUAUCAGAAGAAUA